CUCUCUAAACCAGAUACCUCUAAAAACCAGACUUUUUACUUGGUCUUGAGGGUGUCCGUUUUAGGGGAGUUUCACUGUAUGUUAUAUAUUCGAACAAACAUAUACACUACAUAUAUAGCUAACAUACACACUACAUCUAUAGCUAACAUACACACUACAUCUAUAGCUAAGUUCAUGUGCUGCAAAUUUUAACAACUGUCAAUUUUUGUAUUUUUAUCUUAAGUGAUUUAGCAAAAUUUUCUACUCGCCCAAAGCUAGCCAUGAAAAAUAAAAAUAAAGUGCAUGGUUGUAUUUAGUUUUUUGGGUUUUAAUGUACAUUUAGCUUUAUUUAAGGCAGAGAUUUUAAAUUUCAGAUUUUAGCAGUGUUGCUCUUCAUGACUUCAUGUAUUAUCGGUUCUGCAUACAUUCGUUGUGGAAUUUUAAUUUGUUGACAGCACGAAAGAGAUCGUAAACAAUAUUCGCCUGAUUUUAAAAGUAUACUGAGGUAGCUGGUGCUGCUGUUACCAGGGAGGAAAUCACCCAACAACAAGCUGUAUAGCGUGAGCGGUUGCUAUAACUACUGGACUGGCCGGUGGGCCAGGAAUGGACAAAGUCCACAAUGCUGUCGCCUGGUAUCAGAAAAAAAUUGGAGCUUAUGACAAACAGUUUUGGGAGCAGUCAGUUGAGAAGAAACUACGGAAAGGUCAAACCAAUGUUCACCACGCAUCAAAGAAAAUUGUUCGUCUCAAGACAGAAUUCAUUGACGUCGAUUUAAUAAGAGGGUCAACCUUCUCCAAGGCUAAGCCUCAAGUACCAUGGAUCUACAUCACCAGGAAGACGACCGUCAGACUGGUCUUUCUGCCACUGUGCUUCAAGUGGUGGGUACAGCAGACGUCAUGGAAGUUCUACUUCCUGCUGCUGGUGUUGUACUUCAUGCAGGUCACCAGCCUGUGCAUCUACGUGCAGAAUGUCGGCAUUGUGAGUGGUAUAGAAGACGAGGUGUCUCUGACGGAGGUGAUGACGCCGAUGGUGCUGAUGAUGGUGCUGGGCUUCAUCCACACACAGACGAUGCUGUCGCACUACUCGCACAAGGCCCUCUACCGUGACUGCAAACUCAGCAGACGUUAUCAAAAGUCAAAGAAGCGAAAUGACGCUGGCACGGUGACAGGAAGUGGCCAGCAUAAUAAAGAUCAGUCGAGGUCACGUGACUUGCAUUCAAAGACCAAAGCUAAUCGUCAACGAAAUAUUAACGUCACCAGCACAGAAGACUUGGACCAAGAACUUGCCUCUUCGUCCGUCAAGGCUAGAAGCAGCUCAUCCCGUGAAAAAAUCAAACCCAACAGUUCUACGUUUGUGUUAAAUAAAAACAAAGUCCAGUGUCAUCAAGACGAUACCUCGUUAAAAACUGACGACAAGUGCUCAAGUAGUGGCCUUAGUUCUAACAAGGUCAAAGAAGCUUUAAGCCAGAGAGAGACUGGUGUGUACAGUAAGGAUGUUUUAGACAAAGAAGCGAGUCAGAGAGAGACUGGUGUGUACAGUAAGGAUGUUUUAGACAAAGAAGCUUUAAGCCAGAGAGAGACUGGUGUGUACAGUAAGGAUGUUUUAGACAAAGAAGCGAGCCAGAGAGAGACUGGUGUGUACAGUAAGGAUGUUUUAGACAAAGAAGCGAGCCAGAGAGAGACUGGUGUGUACAGUAAGGAUGUUUUAGACAAAGAAGCGAGCCAGAGAGAGACUGGUGUGUACAGUAAGGAUGUUUUAGACAAAGAAACAAGCCAGAGAGAGACUGGUGUGUACAGUAAGGAUGUUUUAGACAAAGAAACGAUUCAAAGUGCCAACCAACCAGAAGGUGUGCCUAUGUCUUCAGAGAAUCAUUUGGAAUCUCGUGUCCUAGUCGACGGUGUACAAUUCUCCGACGACGAUGCGUGCAAUGGUAGAUUCGAGGUGUUGUCGGUCGAUCAACUGGACAUAAAUGUUGUUUCCGGGGAGACUGCAUCUCAUUUAGUCCUUCCCCAGAAUACAACAGGAGAAAUACUCACUUCCGUUGAUGCGACAGUGAUGUUGAAUGACAAUCUGACAACUGAACUGAACAUUCCUCGGACUAGCACGGGAGAGAGUUUAACUCCUGUGGGUCAGACAAUGGGGGUGUUAAAGGAAGAGCUAAUGACUGAGGUGAACUCAUCGUGGAAGACGUUAGAGUGUUAUAAAAAACGACUUCUGGAAGAAGACAAUUUUGCCGACACGGAGCACGCUUCUGACGAAUGUCCCUCGGACACUGAACCUGAAUCGGGAAGUUUUAACGGGUCAAGUGCCAAUGAACCGGAAAUAAUUGCGUGCAAUGAGAGUUGUGUCAAAGAACAAGAUGACUCGACUCAAAAAUGUGUCGAGCGUCCUCGAGAGUCGUGCAAUAGUGAGAAACACGUGGAGUUGAAUGUUGUCGAUCAGGAACGGUCAGUUACAUUGUCGGGGACGAUACUACGUCGGCGACGUCGCAUCAGUGCUAGUCGCAGUGCGGAUAUCGGCGAGGUCAUGAGGUCGCGGAAUCUGCCGAUAUCGCUCGGGUUACAGAAGACAUUCAGAGAGUCGACGAAACAGAGCUCGUCGGAGAACGAAACAACACCCACGUCCGAGAAAGAGAAUAGGGUGAGCUCUGAAGAGUGGGAGAAUCGCAUGCACUCUGACGUGACGACAUCUUCAUCGUAUUCGUCGAGUUGUGGAUCUGAGGCCGAGGGUUCGGAGUCGGGGGAGAUGAACUCGUUCGGCGAACACAAGUCAGGCUGGACCGCAAGCAGCUUCCACGUCAUCAACCUGCUCCAACCUCCCACAGCUUCAAACUCAGGUGUAGGAACCAUGAACCCUCCAGAUGAAGUGAGCUGUGUGAUCUGGGAGGGUAACGAGUGUAGGAAGGUUGACCUGACGGCGUUUGACAUCGGCUGGGCCAUCAUCGACAAGGUGGACAACAUCCCCGAGAGUUCGGACUACGUUCUGAUUGGCAUCGUCUUCACCCUCAUCAUGGGCUGCUUCCCGCUCGUGUUCCGCGCCUACAACAUCAAAGAUCUUCCAGUCAUCUGGUCCGUUGAUGGAAUCCUCUCCGUCUGGCAGAUGAUCCAGCUCAACUCAUGGAGGCGUAAUUUUCUCACAAUCAAUGGUGUUCUACAGCGACUGUGCCUUAGUCUCAUCUUCUUCUUCCUCUUGUCAGUGGCAGAUCGAACCUUUAAACAGCGACUGCUUUACGCUAAACACUUCUGCUACCUGACAUCAUCGCGGCGAGCGCGAAAGUUCGACAUGCCGCACUUCCGGCUCAACAAAGUGCGCAACAUAAAAAUCUGGCUUUCACUCCGGUCCUACCUGAAGAGACGUGGACCCCAGCGAUCUGUUGACAUCAUUGUCUCUGCAUCCUUUCUGGUUGCCGUCAGUCUGGUAACGCUGAUGUGUCUUAAGAUGUUGAAGGACACUGACACCUACCUGGACUACAUGUGUAACUGGGAGAUUGUCAUCUGGUGUCUGGCGCUCGGAACCUACCUCCUUCGCUUCAUGACGCUCGGACUCAAGAUCAACAAGAAGUACCGCAGUCUGUCCGUUCUCAUCACAGAACAGAUCAACCUCUAUCUACAGAUGGAGCAGAAGCCCCACAAGAAAGAGGAACUGAUGUUGGCCAACAAUGUGCUUAAACUCGCGGAAGAACUACUGAAAGAGUUGGAGAGUCCCUUCAAGAUCUCAGGGUUUUCAGCCAACCCAUUCAUCUACAACGUCACAAAGGUUGUGGUGCUGUCAGCAUUUUCGGCCGUCCUCACCGAGCUGCUAGGAUUCAAGCUGAAACUGUACAAGAUCAAGUUCAAGGCCUAGUGGCAUGUGACAAGUUUGGAUGCAAGUGACAUGCUUGGAUGUUAAUGAUAUGUUUGGAUAUUAGUGAUAUGCUUGGAUGUUAAUGAUAUGUUUAGAUGUUAGUGAUAAGAUUGGAUGUUCGUUAUAUACUGGGAUGUUAGUCCCUUUUUUGUGGUGGUCCUGUCAACAUGUUCAUCAGUCCUCCUGUCAACAUGUUCAUCAGUCCUCCUGUCAACAUGUUCAUCAGUCCUCAUGGAGCUUCUAGGAUUCAAGCUGAAAUUGUACAAGAUCAAAUUCAAGGCCAAGUGACAUGCUUGGAUUCUUGUGAUAAGUUUGGAUGCUAGUGAUAAGCUUGGAUGCUAGUGAUAAGUUCGGUACUAUUGAUAAGCUUGGAUGCUAGUGAUAUGAUUGGAUUUUAAUGAUAUACUUGGAUAUGUUAUAUUUCAGCUUUUUAUCUGUUUUCAACCUUUUUUGGUAUAAAAUUAUAAGACAGAAAAGUAGACCGAAUAUUUGAUCUGAAAUGCCAAAAAGGACGUUUAUUUAACUAAAUUAGUCUUCAUUAUCAUAUUUUGCUUUAAAGAACAUCGGUUCAUGUAAAACGUUGUGCCCUGCAUUCAUUGUUUUUAUAACAUCAUACAGACCUCAUCAUGUUCACUGCCAAAUUAGCCAAUUGCUAAUUUUUAUACAAAGUCGUUACAACAUUUAGUUUUUGGCUAAUAAAAUAUUCCUUAACCACAUUUUAAUAAUUUUCAAGGAUUUACUCCAUAUAUUUGAAAAUUGGCUAAACCAAAUUCAUUCCAGUGUGAGCCGAGAUCUUAGUGUGAGAUUUCAAGUCUGACAGGGUGAAGACAGUCAUUUGUACAUUUUCAUUGUGAUAUUUUUAUAAUCUGUCUGAUGCGGCGGUUCAUUUCAAACAUCUCAUCAUCAUCAGAUUUGUAACUCCGUAUAUGAAAAUGUCAACAGUUCAACUGUGUAGCAGUUCAUUAAAAUGUAUUCAGUGCACAAAUAGUUAUUAAUCAAUCAUAUUUAAAGGUCUGCUUGUGAAGAUAUCAUCCAAAAAUUACUUACAAUUCAUCUUUCAAGAAGCAGACAUUUUAACACCACAUCAAAGCAAUUCAGUUCAAUACUCAAACUUUCCGAAAACCACCUAAAGUGAAAUAUUUCACUGUGCAAUAAGUCCUGUAUCUGGUUGUCUGUUAAUUAGAGUAAUAGCCAUCAUAGGUUUUUCUUUCUUUUGUUUGUUAUGUUUAAUGACACCACUAGAGCAAAUUGAUUAAUUAAUCAUCUGCUAUUGGAUGUCAACCAUUUGGAAACCCGUUAAAUAUUUCUCAUAUCUUACAGUCGGGGUUCAAUGUUGGUUGUAUUCGUCUGUUAACGUAGAGAAUAGUGUGUUGAUAAUAAGCAGUUAUGGCACCGAUAUGAGACCGAUACGAUGUUUCAUGUAGCUGUGGUCGAUAUUUACUUUUUGCACUCCAUUGUUCUCAUCACAGAGCUAUAACUGUGUUAUUACUUCAGAAAUUUUAUUUGAAAAAUAAAGACACAAACUAGCAAUUGAGCAUUUUGGAAAAUAUUAUGCACAAGUAUAAUUGCACUAUGGCGUCAUACAUGAAACACAAGGUCAUCUGUAAGACGCUACAAUUUCCAAUAGCAGUUGUCGGUCUGUGAUAAGGGGAUUCCCCUUUCAUAGUGCAGUAUCUUGAUUUAUGGGUUCACAGCACAACAGAGCCGUGCAAUACGGUCUCAAACGGAAUCGCACAUGAACAUGAACCAAUGGGAAGUCAUGUAGUGUAUACAUUAGGUAAUAAUAUACAUGUAGGUUAUCAGCUUUAUCAUGUGAAGGAGAGUGUUCAUUCUGUGAGUCCACCUGUUACUAUUAAUAUUUUGUCUAUCCUACACCUCAUCAAAAAAAUGGAGGGAGGAGGGGUGGGCUAUCUUUAUUCCUAAAUUUUAAUACUAAAAUAUUAUGCAAUAAAGCAAAACAAGAAAGCUUUUUACAAUACCCUAAUUGUUCAUACUCCAAUAAACCUAAGAAAUAAAAGUCUUUACUUGUUUACACUGGCAGAAAGAAACAUAAAAAUGGUUUGUUUAAUGACACACUCAACAUUUUAUUUACGGUUAUAUGGCAUCAGACAUAUGGUUAAGGACCACAAAGAUAUUGAGAGAGGAAACCCGCUGUCACCAUUUCAUGGGCUA